AAACAGACGGCCAGGCAGGCAUGACAGCACAAGUGGACAUCAAUGGUGCGUCCGUCGGCCACAAUGCACACUGGCAGAGACAAUACACCGCCUUCUAUGUAUUCCCUCCUCGCCAGGCAGGUAAUUGGACAUGUUGCCCUUUCCAUCAAGUGCUGGCGACCAAAUCCCAAGGUACCACGUCUCAGGGCGCUGCGGCUUGGCGAGGCACGGUACGAAUAAGCCAAACCAUUCUCGGUAACAGUCUGGCCGGGUCCGCCACUGGCAGCAAAAUGCCGAGUUCGUGCGAUCCAACGGGGUUCUCUCCUUGACGGCCCAGAGCGCCUGCCACCAUCGGUUUGAUUCAUGACUUGCUUCCUGAGUGGAGUGGUAGGGCUAUUCCUCUGCACCUCUCCAUCCGUUCCUCCGAGGCUAGACUUUGUGGCGGGCACAUCGCUGCUCCCGCCUCCAGCACCAGGCCGCGCUGUAAACGUCAUGCCGAUUUGAUCAAAACGGACUCCCGCAUGGCAUUCAAUCAAUUCCCUCGAUCGGUGCUGUCUAUCGGAGCUGUCCGGAGCGUUUGGCCCGGUUAGCUGGGCUGCUAUUGGUCGGAGCUCUAGCUGAUGUCGCAUCGGCUCACAGCACUGACGAUGAGGGUGGGGUGCUCCCCUGCUUGCCAGAAGCAGCUGGAGCAACGUCAUUGAGUCCGCGACGACGCUCGUGUCAUCGUAGGAGCUCCCAUCAAGUGGUGUUUUUGUGGUUUUGUCUCGGCAACUCCUUCCAGUGCCUCCCUUCGGCUCCUGUCAAAGCACCCGAUUCGACCGGCAGUGGCCGCUCGGGUACUUGCGUGUACCUGGUAUUCACUGGAAAACACAGGCGAACGGGACCUGCACUCUCGAGACCCGUGCUCCAACCCCGCAUUUGCGCCGCGCAACUGUUCCUUCCCCCUGGGUCGGUCUCCGUUCUCGAGAGAAGCAAAAGCAGCGUGAUCGUCAGCCCUGCCAACACCAAACCACCACCACUCAUCCUCACCGUGCCUCUGUGACAUCCCUGGCUGCCCCCACCCCUCCCAGGACACGAAAGAAGCAGACCAAGGACGCAAAAUGUCAGACGCAAACCCCACCACGGCUGUUUCCGCCCCAGGCAAGGUGCUCCUGGCUGGCGGAUACCUGGUCCUGGACCGCAAGUACACGGGGCUUGUCCUUGGGCUCAGCGCACGCAUCAACGUUGUCGCCGAGGAGAUCAACACCAGCCCCGGCGUUCAGCUGACUGAGAUCGUCGUCAAGAGCCCCCAGUUUCAGCACGCCCAGUGGCGCUACGGCUACCGCCUUGCCGAUGAGGAUGGCGGGAUCCAGAUCACCCAAUUGCAUGUGGGCACCGACAUCUCCAAGAACCCCUUCGUGGAGACGGCCCUGUCCUACGCCCUCACCUACAUUGCGAAGAUCGGGAAGCAUGGCCCCUCCCAUAGCAUGAAGCCGGCCAGGCUCACCAUCCUUGCCGACAAUGACUACUACUCGCAACCGUCCGACGCGUCCUCAUCGGCGCCCAAGACGGCAAGCACUGAGACCGCGCCGGCUGGAGCUCGGAAAGCUGCCUCACGCUUCGCUCACUUUCCCACCACUCUUUCGGGCGCCAACAAGACCGGCCUGGGCUCCUCGGCCGCCCUCGUCACCGCCCUUACCGCCGCCCUCCUGACCCACUACCUGCCCCCACAGCUCUUCGACCUGGCCUCGGAAUUUGGCCGCGCCGCGUUGCACAACCUCGCCCAGGCCGCACACUGUGCCGCCCAGGGCAAGGUCGGGUCCGGCUUCGAUGUCGCCGCCGCCGUCUACGGCUCUUGUCGCUACCGCCGCUUCUCACCGGAUGUCCUGUCAUCCCUGCCCGAGCCCGGCGCCCCCGGCUUCAGCGCCGCCCUUACCGCCGUCGUCGCCAAGCCCUGGGACGCCGAGAUCGACCCGACCAGCGUCACGCUCCCGCCCGGGGUCGCCAUGCGCAUGUGCGACGUCACCUGCGGGACCCAGACGGUCGGCAUGGUCAAGACGGUCCUGGCCUGGAAGGCGCGCGACGAGGAGCCGGCCACGAAGCUGUGGGACGACCUGCAGUCGCGCAACGAGGCGCUGGCCGCCGUGCUCGCGUCCGGCCGGGUCGAGGGCAUCGCGGGAGCCGUCUCGAGCGUCCGGGACGUUGUGCGCCGCAUGGGCGAGGAGAGCGGCGCGCAGAUCGAGCCGCCCAGCCAGACGGAGCUGCUCGACGCCCUGGGCGGGCUCGAGGGCGUCUUUGGCGGCGUCGUCCCCGGCGCCGGCGGUUUCGACGCGGCCGCGCUGCUGAUGAGGGACGACGACGAGACCAAGGCUCGCGUCGAGCAGUUCCUGGAUAAGUGGAGCAGCGAGAAGAACGUCCGCGUCCGGCUGCUCGGCGUCAAGGGCGAGAUGGAGGGCGUGCGGAUGGAGAGCCUCAAGGUGUACGAGGGCUGGAUCUAGAGCAUAGUAGUGACAAGCGGCUAGGCAAGCGUCUCGUAAUAACGCGUCGUGAAUAAAACACUGGUCCGCACAUCAAGCAAUUGGAAGGGCCGGGAUUUAGGAAAUGUUGAUAAACAUUAUCUCUGCGUGAAGACGCUUCUGGACACAGUUAUCUGUAGUCCGUUUUGUAAUGCCCCGUAGCCCACACCCGAAAAUGGGAACCUUGUACGCCACCCGCCGGCCCAGCCGUUUACUCCGACCUUGGAAU